AUUCCUCAAGGCUGUCUGGCAUGAUUCCCUGAUUGGACUCUUCCCCUCAUGAGGGGUCGAUCGCUAGUGCGGGGCUUCCGUUUGCCCCUCAUCGCAUCCCCCACCCUUCAGUCAAGCUCCAAGCCGGCGAUCCCAAUGACAAAAGAGGCAGCACUACUGUACGGGAAAGGAGAAUGCGGGAAUUCUAUAGCUGGCGCCUAUCUACAGGGAGAUACCAACACCAUAGUCAGUCCUUGCAGCCAUGCUGUUCUUAGUGUCAAGUACCAAAGCUUCCUGAACUGAAUAUUACUUAUACUGCUUUUCAGCCAAUAUGAGCUCACGACGUGUUUAUCAAUUCAUAUUUACUAUCUGCGCCUCAUAACAUGACCUAUGCAACUAUUGAUUACCUUAGUGAGGAUGAUAUUUUCCAACUCAGAACGGAGUAAUCACCAGGCUAACAAUAGCUGCUGUCUAUCCACACUAGCACCGAAACCUCCGCCGAGUUUCAAGCGAGGGACGGGGAUGGACAUACAUGGCCUGGAAUCUCUUCCCGAAAACCGAGUCAAUGCCGCAUUUUGUCCGAGAUGGCGUUCCUUUAAUUUCAAAAAGAGUGCGUCGCGGCUUCCCCCAAGGUUGCGUUGCUGCAUGAGGGGAAGGGCUCCAUUGCGAGGCUCGGAGGCUCCACCACUCCUCAUACGGUCGGCCUCUCCAUAUUCAUAUCCAGCCAAAUCAUCCGGUGCCCACGGUUUUUGGCGGCAAGCUCAAAUUACCCCAAUUCUACACCUUCGCGAUUUCCGAGGAAUUCGCGAGAAACACCGGGGAGAGGUCUCGUCGCAUGGGCGACGCGAUCAUUGUUGCAUGAAAAUGGGGGGUAAAUUCCCAAGGUAAUAUUAUGUACGGCAAUAACAAGAUCUAAUGCA